AUGUUAGAAAAAGAAAAUCCUAUAGUAUUUUUUGAUAUAUCUAUUGGGGGCCAGCCGGCCGGUAGAAUGAAAAUAGAAUUAUUUGCUGAUGUAGUUCCUAAAACCGCUGAAAAUUUUAGACAGUUGUGCACGGGAGAACACAAAAAAAAUGGUGUACCGCAAGGUUAUAAAUCUGCAACUUUCCAUAGAGUAAUUAAAGAUUUUAUGGUUCAAGGUGGCGAUUUUGUAAAGGCUGAUGGGACUGGUUCAUUUAGUAUCUAUGGAGAGAAAUUUUCCGAUGAAAAUUUUGAGCUUAAGCACAAUGGGCCUGGCCUUCUCUCAAUGGCAAAUAGCGGACCUAAUACCAAUGGAUGCCAGUGUGAUUUUUUGGAUGGAAAACAUGUCGUUUUUGGGAAGCUCAUUGAUGGUUUGCUAACACUGAGGAAAAUAGAAAAUGUUUCGACUGGACCUGGGAAUCGACCGAAACUGCCUGUAGUCAUAACAGAAUGUGGUCAAUAUUAA